GUGGUCGGUUGUUACAUGUCGAAGGAAUGUCUUUGUGCAACAGACAUUAAGAUCGACAACCACUCGCGCCCAACGUCGCGCAAUCUUCCAAACAAAACAAAACCAAACAUGGCAACGCAACAUCCAGACGAUCGCAGCGACGGUCCUUGGAGCGAUAAGAACAAGCGCAAGUUCCGAAACAAAGACCUCAGCGAAUUCUAUGACCCGUGCCAGGAAGCCGCCGCGAGGAGCAUACAAUGUCUGAACCGCAACGGCGGGGACAGGACCAUGUGCCAGGAUUACUUUGCUGCGUAUCGCGAAUGCAAAAAACAAUGGAUUGGCCGAAAAAGAGAAGUCUACAACAUCCCGAAAGACUCCGAGUCUGGAGGUGAACAAGAUCAAGGGCAAUAAUGACUCGACCCUCCGAGAAAACUAUGCAAACUACAUCAGCCGGCCCUCUGCCGUACACAUGCGAUGCCAGCCUACACAAUGGCGUUUAGCCACUAAUAACCUGGUCUUUACCUAGUCAGGGAUAAUGGUUUAGUUCACCUCCAGUGCUUUGUAGGCCGAGCCCCUUUCGUGUCCGUCUUAUAUGUGACCAGGGAAACCCAGACUAUAAAAUAUGAGAGAAAUGUACGAUUAGGUACCUAUACAUCAUCAGCAUUGCAUACAUAUGUCCGAUAGUGCGCAAAAUCCCAAACGAAGACUACUACGUAUAGUACCUACAGUAGUGGCCAGGCAUCGUCGAGAGGCAUUUCAUCACAACCCUGGUUUAACCAUGUUCAGCCUACCCGUAAAACUUUCG